UUGGAUUUUUGUUAAAAGUUUAGCAGAUUAUCAGUAACUUUUUCCUUAAGUAAACGGAAAGAGCGCCACUCGCAACGAUCAAUUCCUGUACCAACUGAAACCAUCACCGGAAAUGAGACGACCAAUACCUCAAAUCCCACACUCCACCGCCGCCGCUAAAUCACCAACGCCAUCACCUACCACCCCGCCACAAACCAUCAAAAUCACCUCAAGAAAACACAAAAAAUCCCUCAUCAAACCAAUUACCACAACAAACUGGAACGCACUUAACCUAACCCAAUCAGAACUCUCGCUCCCUCUCACAUUCCCAACAGGCCAAACCUUCCGCUGGAAACAAACAGGUCAUCACCAAUACACCGGAACUCUGGGCCCACAUUUAAUCUCACUCAAACACCAUCACCAAAACGGCAACGUUUACUAUCACAUUCACACAACCCCCUCGGAAACCGCUGCUAAAUCGGCUCUCCUCGACUUCCUCAACAUCAACGUUUCCCUAGCCAAUAUAUGGGCCGAUUUCUCGGCCUCCGAUUCGCGUUUUGCUGAGCUGGCCAUGCAUUUAAAAGGAGCUAGGGUUUUGAGGCAGGAUCCAUUAGAGUGUUUGAUUCAAUUUCUUUGCUCUUCGAAUAAUAACAUUGCGAGAAUUACUAAAAUGGUGGAUUAUGUAUCUUCUUUAGGUCAAUAUUUAGGGAAUGUUGAAGGUUUUGAGUUUUAUGAGUUUCCAGAUUUGGAAAGAUUAGGUUUGGUCACUGAGGAACAGCUUAGAGCAGCUGGUUUUGGUUAUAGAGCAAAAUAUAUAACUGGAACCAUAGAUGCUUUGCAAUUAAAACCUGGUGGUGGUGUUGAGUGGCUUACGGCUCUUCGGAAAUUGGAUCUUCAAGUGGUGAUUGAUGCUCUUUGUACAUUACCUGGAGUUGGUCCAAAAGUGGCAGCUUGCAUUGCUCUAUUUUCACUGGAUCAACACCAUGCUAUUCCUGUUGAUACGCAUGUGUGGCAGAUUGCUACAAGACACCUCCUACCUGAGCUUGCAGGUGCCCGCUUGACGCCUAAGCUAUGCAGCCGAGUGGCAGAUGCAUUUGUAAGCAAAUAUGGGAAAUAUGCUGGCUGGGCACAAACUUUACUUUUCAUUGCUGAGUUGCCCCCACAAAAAUCUCUUUUACCAUCAAGUUUUUGGACUGUCAAAGAGAUUAAAUCUGCUAACAAGAAAGACAGUGAAGCAGACAGUGGUAAUUUAUGCUGUAAUUAGAGGCACUACAUGAUUAAGUUUUAGAAAAAGUAAGUCUGAGGUUUAGGCUUCAGUUCCCAUUCGUACUAAGCAGUCUGCCUCUUUUUGUUGAGCAGAACCAUAGACGGUACAGCUUCCAAGAUUUCCUGGCAAGCAGACAGUCUGGGGAAUAAUCUACUAUGCUAUUUGCACUAUUUCUGGAGGGUGAUGCCUUAACUAUGUGCAAUCACAGCUUUGUUCUAUAAAACAUGAUAUAUGUAAAUUUUGAUUUCUUUUGUAGUAUGCAUGCGUGCACACAUGCAGACCAUUCUUAAAUAGAGAUUUUGUAUUCAUUUGAUUUAUUAUAUGAGGUAAGCAAUGUGUGAGUAGCUCUCCCCCUUCCCGUA